GCCGAGCGCGAUGGCAGCAGACCACACAAGUCACCAUGAGCCUCGCAUGGCGCUCGCAGACGCUCUCGUCGCUCUCGGCGGCAGAUAUCUACAAGAUCCUCCAGCUGCGAGCCAACGUCUUCAUCGUAGAGCAGAACGGCGUCGUCUUGGACCCGGAUGGGCUUGACCUGCUCGAGUCGUGCCACCACGUCAUGGGCACGGACGCAACUGGCGGCCUCAUGGCCUACGCGCGUGUACUUGGCCCUGGCACAAAAGGCCCAGCGCAGACCGUUCCCUUGAUUGGCCGCGUCGUUGUUGCCAAGGUGGCCCGCGGUACGGGCCUCGGACGCCAGGUCAUGCAAGAAGCUGUCGCGGCCGCGCAGCGCGCAUACCCGGGGCAAGGCUGCCAGCUCGGCGCGCAAGCGUACCUCGAAAAGUUCUACGACAGCCUCGGCUUUGUGCGUCUUCCGGGCUCGGAGCCCUACGAUGACCAUGGCAUCCCGCACAUCGACAUGAAGCGCGAGUAGUUGUUGAUGGAUGUUUCUAACAACGUAUUGUGC